AUGGUUAACUGGAAAACAAUCAGUGACUGUUGCUUCAUCGCCUUCUCUGCAGUUGUAUUAACAAAUUACUUAAUCCAACGGACGGAAUACAUGGAGUCAUAUGUUGAGUACAAAAUGGGUCUCUGCCGCACGGAUGCUGAACGAAUAGCCCAACUAGAAAAAUGGGAUGCCAAUCAUAAAUUCGAGACACCUCCGUUCCGUAGCUGGGAAGCGUGGAGCACUUUUUGGAUGAUCUACAGAGAAAAAGCAUAUCGGGAAUACCGACACCUAUUCAAUGACGACUACAUCCCACCACAUCUCCGAGAAAACAAAAUUGUGCUAACGGAAGGAGGAAAAUUCCUUUUCUUCGCAGAACCUUAA